AUCGGAUCUAAAAUCGGGUCAGGUUUAGGAACACGGUAUCUAUCUCGUGGGAGAAUAUAGCCGAGAGCUCUUGUCUCUAUCCCAAAGCGUGAGAAGGGUGAAAAUUCGUUCUCGCCGGAGAAUCAAUUCGACGGAGAAUCGUCUCCGAUUACCGGAUUCAAUCGACGGGUGUUCAAAAAGGACGAGACUUUAUGCGAUUCCGUUCGUUGUGUUAUCAGUUGCUAGGAUUAGGGUUUUAAGGGUUGUUCCCGAGAGGACUCGUUGGCUACUGUUGUAUGAUUCCAUAGUGUGUUUCGCUUUUUUAUUGGGGCUUUCUGUUUGAUUCAGCAAAGCCUUUUGAUUUUUUUUUGUAUUCUGUAUGAUCAACACUUUUUCGCCAUAGUAAUCUUCUCAGAGUCUUUGUUUUUUUUUUUAGCUUUACAUUAUUCGAAUUAUUCAGGCAAAGCAUCGUUGAGAAAAAAAAAGGAUCAAUUUUUAUGGUCGUGGAAUUUAAUUGAAACAUUGAGAAAAAAAAAGUUAGGAAAAAAAAGAAAGAAAGAAAGUAAGAUCGAUGGCUAGUGUUCAGCAAAAUGGGCAAAGGUUUGGUAUUACAGAACCUAUCUCUCUGGGAGGACCAACGGAGCUUGAUGUGGUCAAGACACGAGAGCUUGAGAAGUAUUUGCAAGAUGUUGGUUUGUACGAGAGUAAAGAGGAAGCUGUUAGAAGGGAGGAGGUUCUAGGGAGGCUUGAUCAGAUUGUUAAAACAUGGAUUAAAACAAUCAGCCGGGCCAAAGGGUUGAAUGAUCAGCUGCUUCAUGAGGCCAAUGCUGAGAUAUUUACUUUCGGUUCUUAUCGGCUAGGGGUACAUGGACCUGGUGCUGAUAUAGACACUUUAUGUGUGGGGCCUAGACAUGCAACUAGAGAAGGUGAUUUCUUUGGUGAGUUACAAAGGAUGCUGUCCGAAAUGCCUGACGUAACUGAGCUUCACCCUGUGCCUGAUGCUCAUGUUCCCUUGAUGGGAUUCAAACUUAAUGGAGUUUCCAUAGAUCUCCUUUAUGCACAACUUCCACUCUGGGUUAUACCUAAGGACUUAGAUAUAUCUCAGGAUUCCAUUCUACAGAAUGCUGAUGAGCAAACUGUUCGAAGUCUCAACGGUUGUAGAGUUACUGACCAGAUCUUGCGUCUGGUUCCUAACAUUGAGAAUUUCAGGACAACAUUAAGAUGCAUGCGGUUUUGGGCCAAGCGACGUGGAGUGUACUCUAAUGUCUCUGGAUUUCUUGGUGGUAUAAACUGGGCAUUGCUUGUAGCUCGGAUAUGUCAACUUUAUCCUAACGCACUCCCAAAUAUGUUAGCAUCUCGGUUCUUCAGGGUCUACACUCAAUGGCGCUGGCCGAAUCCCGUCCUUCUUUGUUCUAUGGAUGAAGGAUCCCUCGGUCUUCAAGUUUGGGAUCCUAGAAGAAACCCAAAGGACAGGUUGCACAUGAUGCCCAUCAUUACUCCUGCUUAUCCUUGUAUGAACUCCAGUUAUAAUGUCUCUGCAAGUACAUUGCGGAUUAUGACAGGAGAGUUUCAGAGAGGCAAAAAUAUAUGUGAGGCUAUGGAAGCAAACAAAGCUGACUGGGAUACCCUUUUUGAGCCAUUUGCAUUCUUUGAAGCGUACAAAAACUAUCUUCAGAUCGACAUCUCUGCCGCAAAUGUCGAUGAUUUAAGAAAAUGGAAAGGCUGGGUUGAGUCACGUCUCAGACAGCUCACACUGAAGAUUGAGAGACAUACAUAUGACAUGCUUCAAUGCCACCCUCAUCCACAUGACUUUCAAGAUGCAUCUCGACCACUUCAUUGCUCUUACUUCAUGGGUCUGCAGCGUAACCAAGGAGUUCCAGCAGCCGAAGGAGAGCCGUUUGAUAUCAGAAGAACAGUCGAGGAGUUUAAACACACUGUUAACGGUUACAUGUUGUGGAUUCCCGGGAUGGAGAUUAGUGUCAGCCAUAUAAAGCGAAGAAGUCUACCGAACUUUGUGUUUCCUGGUGGAAUUAGACCUUCACAUACCUCUAAAGGAACAUGGGACAGCAAACGCCGUGCAGAGCAUAGAGUUUCUUCUACAGCAAGUGUUGCUACUACCAAUACCACUACAUUAACAAAUGAAGCGAGUUCUGAAAGUAAAGCUGGUUCUAACAGUCCAGGAGAUGAGAAGAAGAGAAAACGGGGAGAUGAUGAGACACUGACCGAUCAGUUAAGAAACUCUAAACACGUUGCAGUUUCAGUACCUGUUGAGAAUGGUGAAGGCGGGAGCCCGAAUCCAUCUGUUGGUUCCAUUUGCUCUAGUCCUAUGAAAGAUUGCUGUACAAACGGUAAAUCUGAUCUUAUCAGUGCCGAGCCACAAGAGAAUGUUGUUGUUGCUUUCAGUAAGGAUGCACCAGAGAGUCAUCCAAUAGAGAAGAUAGCCACUCCUCAAGCUCCUAGUGAAGAAACAGAGGAGCUUGAAGGCAGCUUUGAUUUCGGAAAUCAAGUCAUUGAGCAGAUUCCAAACAAAAACGUUCCUACUGCAACUAUACCUCCAUUCGAGGUCACUACUUCAAAUGGCUCACCAUUCUCCAAUGAAGCACUGGAAGAACUCGAGGUUCUUCCAAUGCGACAGCCUGAGGUGACGCAUAGAGCUUCAAUGCAGCAACGAAAACCGAUAAUCAAAUUGAGCUUCACGUCUCUAGGCAAAACCAACGGCAAGUAAUAGUGGUUCUUCCCUGCAUUACCAAGAACCUCGGAUGCUAAACUGAAGGCUGCUUCCUACUUUAUGUAAAACAAGAAUUUGAUAUUAUCAUGCUUUAUCUCUUAGAUGUUAAGCAAGUCCUAAACGCAUUAAGUUCGAUGUAAAACUCGUUUUAAUAAGAAUCAUAAAAAUACAAGUCUUAAAUAUUUG